AUGACUAUUCAUAUCUAUCUGUCUAAAUUAUUUCAUGACUAUUCAUAUCUAUCUAUCUGUCUAAUUUAUUUAUCUAUCUAUCUAUCUAUCUGUCUAAAUUAUUUCAUGACUAUUCUUAUUAUCUAUCUGUCUAAAUUAUUUCUAUCUAUUCUAUCUAUCUGUCUAAGUAUUUCACCUAUUCAUAUCUAUCUGUCUGAAUAUUUUCUUUCUGACUAUCUAUCUAUCUAUGGUAUUUUGAUCAGUAUAUCUAUUCAUCUGUCUAUUUCUGACUAUUCAUAUUGUUUCAAAUUAUUUAUCUAUUCACAUCUAUCUAUCUAUCUAUCUAUCCAUGACUAUUCAUAUCUAUCUAUCUUCUUAUCUAUCUAUUCUAUCCAUCUAUCUGUCUAUUCUACGACUAUCUAUCUCUCGACUAUCUAUCUAUCUAUCUAUCUAUCUUAUUCCUUCUUGACUAUUCUAUCUAUCUAUCUGUCUAUCUAUCUAUCUAUUCAUAUCUAUCUGUCUAAGUCUUAUCUUCAUAUCUAUCUAUCUAUCUAUCUACUAUUCUAUCAUCUAUCUGUCUUAUCCUUAUUUCUAUCUACUAUUCAUUCAUCUAUCUAUCUAUCUAUCUAUCUGAUUUUCAUGACUAUUCUUAUCUAUCUAUCUAAAUUAUUUCUAUCUAUCUAUCUAUCUAUCUUCUUAUUCAUAUCUAUCCUGUCUAUCUAUAUAUCUAUCUAUUCUAUCUAUCUAUCUUCUUAUUCUUCUAUUCAUCUAUCUAUCUAUCUAUCAAUCUAUCUAUUAUCUAUGACUUAUUCAUAUCUUCAUCUGUAUAAAUCUAUUUAUCUAUCUAUUCAUAUCCUAAGUCUUAUCCUUCUUAUUUCAUUACUAUUCAUAUCUAUCUAUCUAUCCAUUCUAUCUAAGUCUUUCCACCUGUUCUUAUUUCACAUCUAUUCACUCAUCGAAAUUAUCUAUCUAUCUAUCUAUCUAUCCAGUCAUUUAAAUCCUUCAUCUAUUCUCAUCUAUCUAUCCUAUCUAUCUAUCAUAUUCAUCUGUAUCUAUCUAUACAAGUCUACUUCACCCUAUCCUAUCUUCUCCCCUUCCUAUCUAUCUAUCUAUCUAUCUAUCUAUCAAAAGUCUUCACAUUCUUAUCUAUCUAUCUAUCUAUCUGUCUAUCUAUCUAUCUAUCUAUCCUAUCUAUCGUCUCCUCCUUCUUAUCUAUCCUAUCUAUCUAUCUAUCUAUCUAUCUGUCUAUCUAUCUAUCUAGAAUUCUUGUAUCAUACCACUAUCUAUCUAUCUAUCUAUCUAUCUAUCUAUCUAUCUAUCUAUCUAUCUAUCUAUCUAUCUAAAUUAUUUCUGACUAUUCAUAUCUAUCUAUCUGUCUAA